UGUCAUGUGGGGACAGAGGACGCUCCGUAUGAGGUGUCUAUAAGCUCAGACGUUGAGUCUGAUGAUUUAGACGCAUAUGUGGCUAGAUGUUUUUGGUUGUUUAAAGGAUUGGUGGAGAUGGCGACGAAUGUGGAUGACCCGAGGUGGGUGCCCUCGGACGCGGUGGCGUUCCUUUUGACCAUGAUAGAAGCGGCUGAGGCGGGCUCCGACUUUGACAUGCUUGCAUGAGGGGGCCCCACGUUGAAUCCCUGGCCUGGGCGAAAAGAGAGUGUUGUAAUGAACGGGUAACUCAGGCACGGAUAAGAUAUGACAAGUUGGGUAAAUUUUGUGUGUCACCAAGCAGGACAAAAUAAGGAGGCAGUGACUGAAAGGGAGGUGAGACGGUUUCUGAAACGGAGAGCAGGAAGCACAAGGGUAACUCGAGAGGAGGAGUCAGGAACACGUCACUAGGGGAGGUAAGUGUGUGUGCCAACAUGAGUGACAGGGUGACCUCUGGUGGGAAAAAAGGGUAUAAGCCAUUAAGGGAUCAGGUGGAGGAGCUGAAGAGGGCCAUUCGGCUGGCUAAUACAGGGGCAUUAAAGGCGGCUGAGAAAGAAUGCAAGGGAAUGGAACAUGAGGAGAGCAUGUAUAGAAGCAUGAUGAAAUGGAGCAACACUCAUGUUCCAGAGUCUGAGUCUCUGGAGGACCGGCUGCUGAGUGUGGAGGUUUCCGAGGUGAAUGUGGACCUUCUCAUGAUGAUCAUGGAAGUGGUGGCGUCCAUUGCUGCUUUUGUCAGAUUCUUGCCGCUUGCCAACAGGAUAUGCAUUGAGAUGGCCGAACCUGGUGGAUUAACACAGGUGAUGGAGAGCAAAGCCACCAAGGACUAUUUAUCUUCUUGGAGUAAAGCUGGACGUAUUGAGUCUUUGAAGAGCCUGAAACAGCGUCUGCAAGACUCUGGUGAGAACAAAGUUAACCUCAAAAUGAAAAGCAAGAAGGCCGCAGAAUCGACUAAUGCAGUGACCAAAGGUGACUGCCAGGCGGAGAGCCAGAGGACUGAGGACGAAGCAGUGACCCAGCCCGCUGCUGCAGCCGCCCCUGCUGGACAGCAGCCAGAGCCCAAGUGUCCUGAUGACGAGACACAGGAGGGAGAGGAGAAGGAUGGAUGGAGCACGGCCGACAUUACAGUUGUGGGUAAACGCAGGAGGGAGCUUGUCGGACCUGAGGCAAAGCGAUCUCGCUCUCAGUCUCCGUGUGUUGUAGCAGAUUUCAGACUGCCUCAGUUCAACCCUAACAGCCCCAUCGGUCAGGAGUUUGUGGUCCCUAAAUCAGGAUUUUUCUGUAACAUCUGCUCUGUUUUCUGCCUGAAUGAGAAGACCGCCAAGGAACUCCACUGCUGCAGCCAGAAACACUACGACAACCUGCAGAAAUAUUAUGAGGAACGUCGACAAAGAGCUACAAAAACUUUGUCUCAGACGUCUCCGGGCUCCGUUUCUGACUGAUGGACCUGAUCUACUGUAUUUUUAACACAUAACUGUGGAGAAUGUGUAUAUAUAUGUGUAUGUGUGUGUGUCCUGGAUGGCUGUGUAUAUGUUUGCGGUUUUGUGAUUUGUUUCUUAUUUCCUGUUUUACUUUGAAAGUUCAUGUCUCAUGUCAGUGUGUUCAGUUUUACCUCUCCCCUGUCUCGUUAGCCUGAUUUCUCCCAGCUGUCUCCCUCCUGUUGCCCAUUCCCUAAUUACUCCCUGUGUAUUUAAGCCCUGUGUUUUCCUGUGCUCCCUGUCACGUCGUACCUUCAACCUGCUGUGUGUUUGUAAUGUCCAGUCCUCCAGCACCUCGGUUUAGAGUUUUGUUCUCCUUUUGUAAGUUUUAUUUUGUGAAUCGUUCUU